AUGCCAGUGAUAUUUAUUGGAGGAAGUCCUCGGAUUACACUGUUUUUCAUUGGAUUACUCUUGUUUUUUCAAUUCUUUAAUCAUAUCAUGGAUUAUUAUUCGGGAGAUUAUUCAUCCUCUUCACAAGAUUAUUAUAACAGCGACUUGGGAUACACGGAUACAAAAACAUUUACCUUUCCGAGAAAAAUAUUAUCAAUUCCGAGCAGUCGUUUGUUGAAUAGAUUUAAAAUUUCGCAUUCUAGUAGUGGGCCCUCAACAUCGACGAUGAACCAUUAUUCCACUGUAUUGUUAACAUCUAACAAGUUUUUAGAAAAAGAUUUUCAAAUUGAAACCAACGUGGAUGGUACAAGUGAAAGAGUGAAUUUUCAUUCAGAUGAAUUACGAUUUAGAGAUGAUGUUUUUGUGAAAGUGGUAUUAGAAGAGGAUACAUUUUUGCGAGGAGAUUCCACUUUAGGAUCAAUGGCAAAAGUUCAAGUAUUUUCGUUGAAAAAUUCCAAUGACAUGAAAUAUAUGUCAGUGGAUGAUUUGGACUCAGUGACUCUUGACACACCCUUAAGUUGGGAAAUUGAAUAUGAAGAAACGCUCAUGGACUCAAAAAUUUAUUUCACUCGGAAAGGUACUUCUCAAUUCAAUAAGGAUUGUAUCUAUGUGGUGACAGAACAUCGAAAUAUUUCUCUAGAUUCACUGGAUAGGAUUAGCAAAACAAUGGAAUUACGAAAAUUUUGUCCCCAACAAACACGAAACAGAUUUUUUAAUUUAACCAAUUUUGCCUUGGAAAUUUCAAGUAUUGCUGACACAUCUCUCGAUGAAGAUUGCGCUAUUAUUUCAUUUUCUGACGACCUUUAUGAAUUUAGAAUCAUUUGCUUUAACGGAACUUCAUUAUUUCAUGGUCCAAGUACCUAUUAUUCAGAACUAUUCAACAAAUCAUCCAAAAUACCCAAAGUGAAAGAUUUGCAUGACGUUCUCUCUAUUCAUGAAUUGAACACUCGAGACUCUCCAAAUUCUGUUUUCACAUUGAAAGAACAUAGUGAUAUCGAUGAUUUGCGAAAUCAACUCUACUACUCCAUGUACGAUCACGUCACCAAACGAGGACCACAAGUACAACUUCAUCUCUAUCAUUUGAAUACUAAUACUCAACAUGAAAAUUGGGUGCAUGAACGAUUAGAUCAUUCCAUCUCAGGUUCUAUGACUGCCAUUUACUCUCGAAAUGCACAUCGUUUACAUGAUGUAUAUUACAAAGGUGUAGAAAUCUCUCAUCAGUCUGAAAAUGGCAAAGUUGUGGUUUUUCCUCUUCAUGGUGGGGCUCUCUAUGUCAUGCGAGCGAAUGCAAUGGGUGGAAUGACAAUCGACAAAUCGACCUAUUACAGUUUUGUUGGAAAUGGAUUUGGACUUUAUGAUUUGCGAACCUUACAGGAACGAUAUUAUGCACAGGAUCAUUUUUCAUUGGCACUUUUCGAAGCCAUGAAAAAAAGAAUGGAAAAAUAUAGUCAUCCCAAUCAAGUGGCAAUCAAUGUGGAUGGCUCGUACAUCAUUGUGGUACACUAUCAACUCUUUGCAUUUGUUUUUAAACAAGCAGGAAAAGGAUUAGCAUUGCAAUCGGUGUUGAAAAAUGUUCAUUUCACAAGAGAAAAUUCACACUUGAAGAGCUCGGUCAUGGCUAUUCAAUCGUUGCAUUUUGUGAAAAGAGGUGUUGUGGCAGCACUGUGUGAAGAUGGAUCUAUGGAACUGUAUGACGUUGAGCAUGAAUCGAAUGUGAAUCCAUAUUCUAGUGAAGGAAAGAGUGAGGAGAAUGCUGAACGGACUUUUAAGAGCUGGAUACUUUAUGAGUUCUUGGACAAGCCUGUGUUUUAUUCGGUUUUGAUAUUAAUGAUUGGAAUGUUCAUGUAUAAUGAGUACAUGAUUAGAAAAAGAAUUCAGGCACACCGAGCACAAUACCAACAACAGCAACAAGCACAGCAACAAACAACCUCAUCCACCACUAAUUAG